GAAAAGAAAAAAAAAGUUUGCUAGAAGAAAGAUGGCGUGGAGAAGAUCACCCUGUCAUGACUCUGGAUCUAAGGUGCAUAACUACACCAACGAUUUCGUAACGCAAUGAUCACGACAUACUGAACUUGUUGUCUGCCCCUCCUGGUAACUACUCCCGGGCAACAAAGCAAUUCUACUCUGUAGACACCACACCGCGUAAUACUCUCCGUCGACUAUGACGCCGUCAAGUCGAGUCAGUACGUACAAGACUAAAGUACGUAUGUUGCUUUGGGUGGGAGCAAAUCUUUGAAUCGUCAUGGUAAAGCCGAGGGAUUAAACAGUCGUCUUGUUCGCGACUGUAUCAUGUAUAAAUCUCCCAAUUCUUUUGCUCUUAUGUCCUUACGCUUGGAAUAUCACUUUCAAUCGCAUUAUCUAGUGAUCCAAUAACCACCAUGGUGCAUCACACAGUUCUGGCGGCUACCGGUGUCUUAGCAUACUUCGUGCUACCUUCUUUAGCCGUUCCUUUCGUCUCUGAUGCUACAACCACAUUUCAUUACAAUGCGACUACUACAGCUUCAGUUGUUCCCGUUACAAAUGUGACGUCUCAUGGCCGUUACACUGGCCCACCGCCCACCACCACCGGCGCUCUUUCCACAACGGUCACGGCUUCAAGUAUCCCAGCCAGGCCACCGGAGGCGUUUAAGUCUCAAUACCCGGCGGACGGCAAACUCCACCAGCCCCAGCCCGCUCCCUACACACCCGGAGGUGGUUUGGGGACUAAUGGUUCGGAGCCGGUCUAUCGUGUUAUAAGUGAUUUUGAUUACGAGUCCGUUGCGCUAGCCUUAUAUCAAGAAUGGAUUGAGCUUGAUCUAUUCCACUGGGGACUCGCCACAUUCUCCACGGAUGAUUUUGAGGCCGCCGGACUGAACGCCGAAGAUCGAUUCCUACUUGAGUUCAUGGCCGACCAAGAAGUUGGCCAUGCGACGGCCUUGACCAACAUGCUUGGUAGUGCGGCGCCGGUUCAAUGCACUUAUAACUAUCCAGUGUCGGAUGUGCGAGAGUUCAUCGAUUUUAAUCAAAAACUGACUCGAUGGGGGGAAUCUGGCGUUUAUGGAUUCAUAAACCACCUAGACUCUCGCGAAACAGCUCAGAUCCUUCUACAAUCUAUUUCCACGGAAGCAAGGCAACAGAUGAUUUUUCGUCAGUUCGAAGGUCUCUUCCCAAUGCCGGUUUGGUUCGAAAUAGGCAUUCCACAGUCCUGGGCGUGGACCUUAUUGGCCCCGUACAUCUCAUCAUGCCCUUCUAAUCAGACUCGUUUGAUUUGGCAGAAUUUCCCCCCUCUGCAGAUCUACAACCAGCCUAAUCCGGCACGUGUUAACGGCUCCAAUGUGUGGAAUGAGACCACGAGCCGGUAUGCGAGUUCUCUCAGCACUGCAAAUCUUACCAUUGCGGACGAUUGCCUACAUGCUGCCGCCGGCGCAAAUUGUAGCCCGGCCAUCACUCAUAAUAGAUCCGUGCCGUUGUCCUAUCCAGGUCGCCAAGUCUUUCUCCAAUGGGAUCCUCCCGGACGUCUUACAGGACCAAAUAAUAGUUACGUUACCAGCACUAGCGCUGGAACCCCUAGGUUUGCGGCUUGGAUCUCUCAACUUAACGUCACUUAUACCCCUUUACGUGAUAUUAGGAACAACACUGCUUUUACCAUCCAGCCGAACACUACUACCUACGAAGGCGAUCCUGCUUUGAACGGCACAAUCUUCCUAGCCAUCACAGAUGAAAAUUUAUUUGUGACACCAUUUAACUUGUCACAAAUUAACCCUCAUGUGAAUGCGUUGGCCAUCUACCAGGCUGGCUAGGUAUUUAUAGGGGACUGUACAAUGAGUGAGGAAUCGGCUGG